CAGGUUGGUUAGGUUGGUUGCUCUGGGUGCAGGGGUCCUAGGUACCUAACCAGACCAGACCUGUGCUGCCGUCAUGACACGACACGCCAUUCUCCUCUUCACGUCCCACGAGGUCCAAGUAGAUUUGCUAACAAAUUUGCUUAGAGUUUACUUAACGCACAAGCACUUAUUGACCGAGCCCCCCAAAAACCCACCGGCACAACAUGCAUCCCCAUCCCCGUGCCUAUCCAUUACAUUCUCUUUCAUCAGGAACAACAAUAUAUAAACUCAUACUCCCUCCACCCCAGGAUCUUCUUCAACCCCUCUGUCUCUUGCUUUUUCUAUCAUCCUCUCAUCAUAUCCUCUGAUCUGGUUUGACUGAACAUCUCAGAUCGUCGAGUAGCAACUAUCACAUCUCGCUCGCAUUCUCAAUUCAUCAAUCCACAAUGGCUCGCGGAUUCAAGCGGCCGGAGAAUGAGGCCGGUGCCGCCUGGCCCGCCAUCCUCGUUGGCGCCUUCGUCGCCUUUGGUGGUGUCCUUUUCGGCUAUGAUACGGGUACCAUCAGUGGUAUCUUGGCCAUGAAAUACUGGAAGAACCUUUUCUCCACAGGUUACAUCGAUUCCACAGGAGAGCGUGGUGUAUCUCCCUCUGAGGAGGCCGCCGUCGUCUCCAUCCUCUCUGCUGGUACCUUCUUCGGAGCCCUCGCCUCAGUCUUCCUCGCCGACUCUAUCGGUCGUCGGUGGGCCCUCAUCGCCUCAUCCUGGGUCUUCAACCUGGGUGUCAUCUUUCAGACUGCCGCCGUCUCUCUGCCCUUGUUCCUCGCUGGUCGUUUCUUUGCUGGUUUCGGUGUCGGUCUUAUCUCCGCCAUGAUUCCCCUGUACCAGUCCGAGACGGCUCCCAAGUGGAUCCGUGGUGCCAUCGUUGGUGCUUACCAGCUGUCUAUCACCAUCGGUCUCCUCCUCGCCGCCAUCGUCAACAACGCUACUCACGAUCGCGACGACACGGGAUCCUACCGUAUUCCCAUUGCCGUCCAGUUCGCUUGGUCCCUCAUUCUCAUCAUCGGCAUGUUGAUCCUCCCUGAGACUCCCCGAUUCCUCGUCAAGAAGGGUAAGAUGGACCAGGCCGCCAAGUCUCUCGGCAAGCUCCGCCGUCUCCCUGCGGACCACGAGGCUGUCGCCGCCGAGAUUGCCGAGAUCAAGGCAAACAACGACUACGAAGUUUCUCUGGGCAGUGCCGGCUACCUCGACUGCUUCCGCGGCCCCAUGCUCAAGCGCCAGCUCACUGGAAUGGGUCUCCAGGCUCUCCAGCAGCUCACGGGUGUCAACUUCAUCUUCUACUACGGCACCAAGUACUUUGAGAACUCGGGUUUCAGCAAUGCUUUCGUCAUCUCCAUGAUCACCUCCGGCAUCAACGUCGUCUCCACCUUCCCUGGUCUCCUCGCCGUCGACCGCUGGGGUCGUCGCCCCAUGCUUCUCUGGGGCGCCAUCGGAAUGUCUAUCAGCCAGUUCCUCGUUGCUAUGCUCGGUACCCUUACCACCGGCCAGAAUGAUGACGGCACCAUUAUUGUUUACAACGUCGCAGCCCAGAAGGCUGGAGUUGCUUUCGUCUGCAUCUACAUCUUUUUCUUUGCUAGCACCUGGGGCCCCCUCGCCUGGGUUGUUACCGGCGAGAUCUUCCCUCUGAAGCAGCGUGCCCGUGGUCUGUCCAUCACCACCGCCACCAACUGGCUCCUCAACUGGGCUAUCGCUUACGCGACCCCUUACCUCGUCAACUACGGUGUUGGCUACGCCAACCUCCAGUCCAAGAUCUUCUUCGUCUGGUUCGCAUCCUGCUUCCUGUGCAUCGCAUUUGUCUACUUCUUCAUCUACGAGACCAAGGGUCUGUCGCUCGAGGAGGUCGAUGAGUUGUACGCCCAGUGCAGCUCCGCCCGCCACAGCAGCUCGUGGCAGCCUUCUGUAUCUUUUGCCCAGCGCACUGGUGAAGACUCCGCCACGGUUGAGAAGAUCGAGGGCGACGCCAGCGACCACGCUGUCGAUCAGGCCACCAGGGUCUAAGCUUCGAACCACUUUGUAUAAUAAUUUUGUCGUUUUCUUUUGGAUUUGAUCGCCCGCGGCGGGCAGUAUAUAUGUGAGGUACCCCCGACAAAGGGUAUAGGGAAAUACCUAGGUAACCCCAGAUUGGUUAUUCUUCGAUCUUAUAUAAAGCCGUAAUAUACCCAUUUAGUUAAAUCUGAAUAUUCUUUUGAACA